AUGGGGGACAGACAACCGCAAUUGAACGGUGCGUACUACGGACCGUCGAUUCCUCCGCCGACGAGAAAAUCUCACAGCCACGGCAGAGGCGGAUGUGGAUGCGGCUGUUUAGGUGACUGCCUCGGCUGCUGCGGCUGCUGCAUCUUAAGCGUCAUCUUCAACAUCCUCAUAACCAUAGCCGUCGUCCUAGGCAUCGCCGCUUUGAUCAUCUGGCUCAUCUUCCGACCCAACGCCAUCAAAUUCCACGUCACCGACGCCAAGCUCACCGAAUUCACCCUCGGCGCAGACAACAACCUCCGAUUCAACCUCGACCUCAAUUUCACGAUCCGAAACCCGAACCGACGGAUCGGUGUCUACUAUGACCAGAUCGAGGUCAGAGGCUACUACGGCGACCAGCGAUUCGGGGUCGGCAACGUGUCUCCGUUCUACCAGGGACACAAGAACACGACGGUGGUCGGAACUAAGCUCGCGGGACAGAACUUGAUUGUGCUUUCCGGCGGAGACCGGAGGGAUCUGGACGAGGAUUUGAAGUCGGAGAUUUACAGGAUCGACGCGAAGCUGAGGCUUAAGAUGAGGUUUAAGUUUGGGUUGAUCAAGUCGUGGAGGUUCAAGCCGAAGAUCAGGUGCGAUCUCAAGGUUCCUCUCAGUAACUCUAAUACAACCAGCGGGUUUAAGUUCCAGACGACCAAGUGUGACGUUGACUUCUGA